AUGACCGAGCAUUCCUCUCUGUGCCAGAUCGCUCCCGCCGCGCUGCUGCUCUUCAGCUUCUUCGCAUUCUUCUGCGUCGCCAUAUACCGCCUGGCCGGAUGGACUUACGCGAAGUUCCACGCGCUCGAUGAGGAGGCAAACAAGGUGGACACCCAACUCCACUCCCUCCAGGAAGAAGGCCGCGUGUACAUCACGCCCGGUGCGGACUUGGGCGCUCGCAUGGAGGACAUCCGUGCUCGCAUCGAGCGCAUUCGACCUGCCUGUACGGUGAAGUUCCACCCUAUAUGGUUCUUUAUCCCCGUGGGGAGGCCCCUUCACCGGGAGCUCGCUGCACUCUCUGCAGACAUAGCCAAGCUGAAGGCAGACCUCGAGCCAGAGACUCCGGAUGUGUGCGAAAAGCACUCGUCGUAA